AUACAACAGAUGUUCGAGAUGCGACGCGCACUUUAGCAAAACUCCAAAACUUAAUACAAUUGCAUUCAUGCGUUAAAUCCUUUGCGACAGCUUGCCAAAUCCAAUUUCAUAAAAUCAAGAAAAAUCUGUGGUUGAGACUGCUCGUUUACCUACCACUCUAAAAAAACGCAUUCUACUUUGUUUACUUAUACGCAAUUGAAGCACGGCCCAGGGAAAUCGGUGACAAUGGCUACGCCAGCGGGUUACAAGCCAUCGCCUCUCGGAUACGGCUCUCCUCGAAGUUCCCCUUUUCGACGACCAGAAUCUCCCGCCUCGCCGUCAUCAAUCAAAUAUACAACACCGACUCCCUCACCUGCAAAACCCAGCGGCCUACAUACCCCUUCUAGAUUCGCUGCUACGGUAGAAUCUCCUACCAGCUCAGAAGGACUGACUCCUCGUGGAUACGGUCAGACGAACGAUAUGCCUUUCACACAAUCCCUCGCCUCUCCGCCACACAUAGCGUCACGGGCUCCAUCGCCACUGCACGCCGCAGCUCAGGGGAACGCACUUUCUCAAUUACAACCGGCACAGCUCCGAGUACUCAGAGAUGUAUUCCAGAUUCUGGAUAGAGACAGCGAUGGUGUUGUGAAUAGGGAGGAUGUCGUAGACAUGCUCAAUCAACUCGGACUACCAUCCAAGCAAUCUGACAUCUCGCAAUUCUUCCCUCCAGGCGGCCCGCAAACGACGACCCUCGCGGUAUUUCUCAACUCGAUAGCCACAACACUGGUUGCGAUGUCGCCGAGUGCAGAGCUGCUAUCGGCGUUUUCGGCCUUCGACGACGACGACAGCGGCCAAGUCGACUUCUCCGAGCUGCGUGACGCUCUGCUGCACACCGCUCCGGAACCGGGCGAGAGAGCCCUGACGGCGACCGAGGUGGACAAGAUCAUGCUCGGGUUCAGCGGGAGAAGAGCGUUCAGCAAGAGCAUGGCCGGCGGCGGGUUGAGCAAGCGCGGUGAGGUGUUCAAGUAUCAAGAGUUCGUGAAUUCCAUCGUAGGCGGCAAUGGGUCGUCAGAGCCGAGCUCCCAUGAUAACUCCGAAGAGUGAAAAAAUUAUUCUUCCAAUGAAAAGAAAAAAGAAACAGAAAAAAAGAAAAAAGAAAACCUAAUUCUUGUACUAUGUGCUGGAGAGGUAUGGGACGGAUCGGGGGCUUCGCGAAUAAAGCACUGGCUCGAGUGCUAGAGUAAGGAGUUCCAGGCGGAUGAACACGACUAUAAUAGUUACUGUAAUUACAUUUGCGUUUUUUUCCUUUUUCUUUUAUAUGAAGUCCUUUCGUAUUCGAGGACAUACAAGGUACUGGGUUAGGGGGUAAGGACACACAUUUAUCGAGGCUAGACCUUGACAAUUUUCAGCGUAGUUGAGCUACCUGAAAAACAAAGCUGUCACAUUAGGUACCGUUACUGGAAGAUGGCGGUUUAUAAGAUUAGAUUUCUGUACACGAGUUUAACUAGGGAAUAUCAACAAUGAAGAAGUCUAAAAACAUAGUAAUAUACCAGCUACCGAGCCCCUAGUCAUAAGGCUUUACUGAAUUUGGACCGGGCACAUGGCUGGCAAUAUCCGAAUCUUGAACUAGGGAGGGCUUG